AUGUCCAAAGCAGCUCCUGCCAAAAAACGAGUGGCUGCAGCCCCGCCUCCAGGAUGUACCCUGGAUAUCAAGGACCCCCAGGUCCAGAGGGCGGCCAUUCGCAUCCAGGCCUCUUACCGGGGCCACAGGUCCCGGAAGGAGCUGCGCGAGAAGGGGCCGCCGCGAGUGCUGGAGCCACUGAAGGAUGUGGUGCUGAUUGAGGGCAGCGCGGCUAAGCUGACUUGCCGCAUUUCGGCUUUCCCGGACCCAUUCAUCCGCUGGAGCAAGGACGGCAAGGAGCUGCGCGACGGGCCCAAGUAUCGCUAUGUCUUCGAGGACCCCGACGUAGUCGCACUGGUGGUGCGCGACGGCGAGCUGGCAGAUCUAGGCCAGUACAGCAUCAACGUAACCAACCCCUUCGGCCAGUGCUCCGACUCCGCACGCAUCCUCGUGGAAGUACCGGCGAAGAUUCAGAAGGGACCGAGUAACACUAAGGCGCGCAAAGGCACCACGGUAACGCUGACUGCCGAGAUCAUGGGCGAGCCUGCGCCCGACGUGGGCUGGACCAAGGACGGGGAAGACAUCGAUGAGGACGACAGAGUGUUCUUCGAGAUCGGCAGUACCACCACGACGCUGACUAUCCGCCGGGCCACGCCUGAGGACAGCGGCAAGUACGAGGUGUACGUGGAGAACAGCCUGGGCAUGGACCAGAGCUUCGCUCGCGUGGACGUGGCCUGAAAGGGACCCUCAGACACUUCACCCUGGCUGGAGCCCCGGGUGGGUGGGACAGACAACCCUCCUUCAUCUUGCUUAAUAAAGCUGCUCUCGCUGACCCUC